AACAGCAUUUCAUUUCAUUUAUAAUUUUAUCUUCUCUUCCAUUAUUUUUCCCCAUACUAAAUAUGGCUGUGAGACACUCUUCUUUUGGUGCUGCUCCUCUAAUUUGGAAAUCAUGUUCCAACAAAAGGGAAAAGCAUGCACAAAGAGUAGUGUUGGUGUACUCAUGUGCAAGUGAUCAAUAUAUUUCAAUCAAACCAACUGCUCUUCAGAUCAGAUCAACUUCAACCUCAAAACUUAAGAUAUUUGAAGAUGAGUCAACAGGGAUAGUUUGUUAUAGAGAUGAGAAUGGAGAGAUCACUUGUGAAGGAUAUGAUGAAGGCCCUCGUUACUGCCAACAACUCACCAGAUUUUGUUCUAAUUCAAGAGGAGAUGAAGAAAUCAUAGAGCUCCUACAAAGAUGCUGGUGGCAUCAUGUAACUGAUUCUGCUCAGGACUUCAGUUAGGAUCACUGCUCACAAAUAACACAAUAAAACAGAAGCCACCAUAUUUAUUUGUUUCAGUAGUGUGUAUGCUCAAAAUGUAAAAUACUACUCCAUCAAUUAUUAAGUAUAUGUAGUGAAUUUUCCCAAUGUUU